AUGUCGACGACCAUACCCAUUCUGAACAUCGAGCUCAGCGAGCUCAAGGAGCUCGUCUGGAUGAAGUUGCAAGAACCGAAAGCUCAACGAAAACUCGUUCUAAUCAUCGUCUCCAUAGCCUUGCUACUCGACAACAUGCUGUACAUGGUAAUAGUGCCCAUUAUACCCGACUACCUGAAGUAUGUGGGUGCAUUUGGAGAUAUCGAAGAAGAAGUCAAUGGAACUGCAGCACCAGUACAUCACGGCCAGGAUUCAGCCACGGGGAUCUUGUUCGCUUCUAAAGCCAUCGUUCAGUUAAUGGUGAAUCCUUUCUCCGGAGCUCUGAUAGACAGAAUCGGAUACGACAUACCUAUGAUGAUAGGACUCUGCAUAAUGUUUCUAUCGACUGCUGUGUUUGCCUGUGGAAGGAGCUAUGGUGUUCUCUUCUUCGCCAGAAGUCUACAGGGAGUGGGCUCAGCUUUUGCUGACACUAGCGGUUUGGCUAUGAUAGCUGAUCGUUACACAGAGGAGUCGGAACGGUCUAAAGCACUCGGUAUAGCAUUGGCCUUUAUCAGUUUUGGAUGUUUAGUGGCUCCACCAUUUGGUGGUGCUUUAUAUCAGUUCGCUGGGAAGGAAGUUCCUUUCCUGAUUCUCGCAUUCAUCAGUUUAGCUGAUGGUUUCAUGCUUCUGUUAGUCAUGAAACCUCUGAGAGAACAAGUGAAAGAAAGGCGUAGUGACCAAGCGCCUUCAAUACCUAUUUGGAAACUGCUCAUGGAUCCCUACAUCGCUGUCUGUGCUGGAGCGUUAAUGAUGUCCAAUGUAGCUCUAGCUUUCCUGGAACCAACAAUUUCACUGUGGAUGGAGGACAACAUAACUCAUGACAAUUGGAAAAUGGGAAUGAUCUGGCUGCCAGCAUUCUUCCCUCAUGUGUUCGGUGUCAUAAUCACUGUUAAAAUGGCAAAACAGUAUCCCCAACAUCAGUGGUUGAUGGCUGCCUCAGGCUUAGCUCUGGAGGGUUUCUGCUGUUUCAUUAUACCUUUCUGCACCUCCUACAAAGUUCUUAUGAUUCCUAUAUGUGGAAUCUGCUUCGGUAUAGCUCUAAUAGAUACUGCUUUGCUGCCAACCUUGGGCUACCUGGUGGAUGUGCGAUAUGUUUCUGUCUAUGGUAGCAUCUAUGCUAUAGCGGACAUAUCAUAUAGCGUGGCGUACGCAGUUGGACCCAUAAUAGCAGGUGGAGUAGUAGAAGCUAUCGGUUUCACUGCUUUGAACGUGGGCAUCGCCUUCUCGAACCUUCUCUACGCGCCCGUCCUGGUGUACUUGAAGCAUAUUUACGACUUCAAACCAUUCCAGGAUGAAGCUGAUGUCCUCAUGCAAGAUCCACCUGACAAAGAAUACCAAACGUAUGUACUGCAAGAACAACGACCUCUUUCUGGCGACGUAGGAAAUCACUUGAAUCAAACACGUAUGGAGACAAACGUAGAUCAAGGUUAUGAACAUAACUACCAAGGACAGAGUUACGAGCAGCCCGAGUAUGGGCAGAAUGUUAAUGCUUCUGGCUACAAUCAGACGCAGGGAGGAUACGAGCAGCAGCCUCCUGGCUAUGAGCAACCAACUAAUUAUAAUCAGAAUGCUCAGGGUUACAUUCAAAGACCCUAUGGGCAAGAACAGCAGAGUCAGAUGGAUGCCAAUCCAUUCAGAAGACCUAAUGUUGAACAAAGGCCUGCUGGUGAUAGUAAUCCCUUCAGGCAAGGAAUGUACUAAUGCAUUGAUGGCGCAUUGCCACUGAAGAAUCUUCGAGACAAGCUUCCAGUUAUCAAGAAGAUAAAGUAU